UCGUGAUGCUUGGUCCUGUGUUUGUGCUAUCAGUGCGUGUUGCGAGUGUACAGAUACUUGUUUCAAUUUAGAUCAGUUUUUAAUGUUUUCUGCAUUUGUUGCCAGAAUGCGGACAACUGCCAUCGCAGUAACAUUUCUGUACUUGAUUCUGUUGGCUGAUUUGCCAGGAGUAUACCAGCAGACAACCGAUGCAGAAUACACCAGCGAGCCGGAGCUGGAAAGGCCUGAAACGGCCAGUUCGGCGUCCGCUCCACCGUCAUCCUACUUUCUGGGCGCCGGCUACGAUGUGCAGUAUGCCAAUCCCCGUUCGCUGACUUUGGAUUCCGGUAUCACCCGAAACAGCAUCACAUCGACGAAGCUCCUCCAGUUUAAAUAUGCCAAUGAUACCCAUUGUCCACUAUAUGCCAAAUGCGAUAUACCUCCGAACACUAGCCAGAAAUAUAAGGUUGCCGUGCGCACCUUCGCUGAUUAUCAGAAUCACAUCAAAACCACACUGAAGAUAAGAACCACGAAAACAAUGACCAACAGCAUCGGAAUUUUGGCUGAAGAACUGGAAGAAGCGCGCGCUCAUCUCAACGACGGUUUAUUCUUCGUUGACUACAUCGGACAAGUGGUUUUCGAAGAAGACCGGCUGCAGCAUAACUGGUUCGAGCAUACAGCACGGCUAAUAGAAACGACUGUUUGCACUUGUGCAGACACUAGAGACAUAGUGUGUACAAUUUCGUAUACCUAAAUUCAAAACCGAGGAUCUUUUUUAACUAAAUAUGGUCAAUUUGUUUUCUAAAUUUUGACCGAAACAGAAAUGCUUUACGAAAUACCUAUUCAAAAAGGCAACCCAACCAAAAACCACAGAAAACACGAAUCUCAGGAUUCGUGAGAUCAACCAUACAUUUUUAUGGAUCUUACCUGCGCAGUUAGUGCACAACCCGGUCCUGAUAACGAGCACGUAAAGGUACAGCUAAUUCAUAUUAAGAGCGCUGUUAGCGCUUCAUACGAUGGCCACUACCCUACCUUUCUUUUUGGCGUGACCCGUUAAUUUACACUUUUCGCUGUAUUUUAUCGUGCUCUUCAUCCGGACCGGCUGGUACCAAUCCGCGGGAAAGUGCGCACAUUUGCACAGCCUGACGAUUGUGUCGCUAAGGAACAGCUCCAGCUCCGCCUGUGUUUGCGGGCCCCAAGACACUUUACCUUAAUUCUACACGCGAAUACCCAACCCGUCAACCAGUACUAAUGAUCCUGCAUCCUGUCAAGUGUCAGCCAACUUCUGUACUUACCAAUGAUGCGAACCGAAAAGUUUCCGGAAGCCUAGAUUCGUUGACGAUCUCGGCGGAGGACGGCCGCAUGCCGAGAUAUUUUGCACUAGGGACGCUGAACCCCGGGAUACGGCCUGGAGCCGCCCUGGGCCUGAUUGAUUGAUUAGUGACUUAUUUCUGAGCAGCCAAGCCCGUAAACGCACAUUCUCACAUAUCUUAUCCGUUGAAGAACAUCGGACAUACUCGGCUAGCUAAGUCACCGCAACUCGUUAAACACCAGUAAUACGUACGCUCGAGAAGCAACACAGGACAGAACUGAUGGAGGUACGCUGCAAAUCCAAAAUCUUUAAAACCUACGAAGUACGAUGCAGAAAACGAAAGGACAGAAACUGCAAAGGUAUGGAUAGUUCUUUGCGCUUAGUGUACCCUGUACCUAAUUGUUAGCUAAUCAUUGUCUUUUCGGUUACUGCACGCAAAGUUGUUGGCAGUUGUUGUGCACGCUGUCUCUGGUGACCUUUCACCCAUUGCCGGCCUGCACAGUUGAGUCAGCUGACUGUUCGCUCGAAGAGCAUAAUUGGCACCUUGUCGUUGAAUUUUCAUUGAUGCUGCAGAAUCACCGCACAGAUUUCGUGCUGCUGCUCAGCGUGGACGGGUGCAGCGAAGUCUCAGUUAAGUGCCUAGACCUUUGUCUUAGCAGCGUACGGCGGUGUACUUAUAAGGAAAACGUUGAUUGUGGAAAAAUUACAUAAGACGUGUAAGUAACAGUAAUAAACGGGCCUUUAACAAUAGUUAAAUAAAAACGCAGCUUCUCCGGUUACAUCCCGAAUUUUACGAACCAUGAAGCGGAUAAAACAAUUCGUAUAAGGCCGAACCAAAAACUGCUAGCUUUUAAUCACUUCUGGAUAAAAAGUGACCGUUUUCCGAAAGAAUUUGUAGCCUUUGAAACUUUUGGCUGACUGAGCCACGCUUCCGGCGACAUGAAAGUCUGUAUCCGUACACUAAUUCGUUGCAUCCCAAACUAUUGGCUUAAAGUCUUACACUGACAAACAGAAUUUAACAGUGAUUACGUCAUGCCGAGGGAAUUCCGUCGUUACGGGAUAGGCAUGCCUGAUGUAGCUGACAGGGAAGGUUAUGUACAUAAUAAGCAAUUUUCUGUAACACUUUCUUAAGGUUUUAUUUCUGCAACCUGUCUGCGCAGUGCGCAGCCAUAUCUGAUCGUUUUGUCCUGUGUUUUAAUAUGUGCGCCGGUAUGUUUGUGAAAAACGUAACUGCGUGGAUUCUUCCUAAAAUUUAUUAUCAAUGAAGUUACAGUCGGAAGUUUAUACGGAGGUAAGUGAAAAUAUCUAUUGGCCAGACGGAAAAAGAUGAUUAACCCGUUGACGGGCAUUGGCGUCAGGGCGCAACAUGGCGUUCAGAAUUUUGUUCCAAGUGAUCGCAAACAGUUACUUGAUAUCCCUUUGCAUAAUCAGCAACAAGGGACCUUAAAGCAGCAGUAACAACAUAACUCAAACUUGUAUCUUAAGUUAGUUACAAACUACAGGUGUCCAAAAAUGACCAAUUUCGGACUUUCUGACCUCUCGCAGAUCUUGCUAAUUACCUAAUUAGUGGAUGAGUAAUUAAACCGGAGAUAAAUCAACAAGGAACAAUUGACAACGCUUUAUUCAAAAAUGUCCAACGCAGAUUCUAUAAGUUGAACCAUAGAUGACCGCAGUCCGUCAAAAACGUGUGUUGCGUGCCAACACCAUUGCCCAUGAAGGGUCGUGAAUACACGGGCGGGUGCACUUUCGACAGAUUCUUAUCACUACGUAACCGGAAUAAUUUAAUAUCGGUUCGGACGCCAAACAUGCACCAUGCGGUUUGGUUGUUGGAAGUUGGCAAAACAUGGGGUUGCUGAACACCACCCCGGGCGGUCGGCAUGGUAGACGUGAUUUUAAUUCUACCGUCAGUGUAUAAUUGUAGCUGUGUGAAUUGAAAUGGCAGCACAACACUGCUUUCUGCCGCGUUCCACCUUCGAUACCGAAUACCGAUGCACCGCUUGGGCAAGCAAAGCUGUGAAGCCACGUAGCUUUAAAAAACAUGCAAAUUUUGAGUUUUGACCAGUCUCGGGCGACUGCAAACUGUAAUGAUCACAUUAGCGAUGUUAACGUUUCCGAACAGCCUUGUAUAGGUCACAUCCGGUCGCUAAUGAAUUUCGUUCGAAAAAGUGCGAGUGACAACUAAUAUCUGGUUCGGCGCCAAUCGCCUUUGCAUCUGAACCAUUUCCGCCGCUGUCCCCAUACCGGCAACUGCGGCCACAUCCAUGAAACGUGCAAAGCCGAACAACGCAGGCAGUGUGAAGGUAACUCGGUGUGUCAGAAAUGCAGGAAGUGCAAUGUUAAAUUGCACAAAGACUGCUUCGUUUAGUGCCAUAGGAGAGAUUGAUGAACGUUUUGGGAAAGAAUAGUCUCAGAAUCGCUUGUUUUCUACGUUUUUUGUAUAUAGCAGUGGUCAAAAUGCAACAAAACGGGUUUUGGCAGUUUUUAAUUUUUUACUGACCAGUGGUCAAAUUGUUGACCACUUCUAUACUUCUCUUUUAAAGUACUUUUUUUGUGCUAUUUAAUGAAGUAAGUGUUUUUACUUUAUUCCUGUUAGCUUAAUUGUUACAAAAAUAAGCAUUUAUAUGCUGUAGACCGUCCAUGGGCACUGGCGUUGGCAAACACCCUAGUCACCACCACUGACCUAUGGUCAGCACAAGCUCACAAAAAAUUCCCUAUCUUAAUUGAUUUUUUUCAUCGGGAAAUCCCGAUUUUCAAAAGAAAAUUCGCACUCCUUCGGGUGCCGCCCGCUGGAGGGUUAAAGUCGCAAAUGGGGAAAUGCUAACGAUAGCAAAUAAACUUGGUCCUGGCCAUAAUCAAAAUCCGAAAAUACAGCGAUAGGUAACAAGUUCAAUCAUACGACAAAAGUGAACUGUCGCUUUUAACGUCGCAGCAUUUUGUGGUGAACGGUGAGCGUCACACAGGCCGACACGGGCGAGGCAGCAGCCUGGGGAUCCUCCAGCGGGCGCACAAUGCUCCACCGAUUAACUGAUAAGUCGUACUUCUCCCAGUGGGCCAGCGGUACCCCGAGGCGGCUGGAUCCCCCGCACACGAACAGCUGGUUGUUCAAGGCGAACAUGCAGUGUCCGUAGCGCGACACGGCCAGGUCGGGCAGGCGCUACCACUGUGCGCCGGCCACGCCCAGCUGCAGCCGUUCGCAGCUGCGAAGAACGGUUGAUUCUGGACCGACGCCACCCGUCACGUACAGGUAGCCGUUGAGGACUUUGGCAGAGGCACCGCAGCGGAAAGAUGACAUGGCCGGCAACUGGCUCCACUGGUUGGUCACCGCGUCGUACAUCUCCCCGGUGGCCAGCACGGGGUCUCCGGCCACAUAUCCGACCAGGAUGAUGAAAUACCGAUUGUUCCACACGUCAAAGGCCGCUUCUUUGCUGAUAAUUAGAAGCCAUAUUACUACGAUACUUGUUCGUAUUCUGCCGCUCAGCGGUUCAUGUACAUUUUGGUGAGAACUGAGAACUAACUAACCGAAAGCCGUUGGGAUUGCGAACAUUGUAGCCGAAGUGGCGCGCGUCAGGAUCGAACGUGUAGGUAUGGGAGGCUGUGUUGAGCGUAGUCCCGAUGCGCCAGCCGUAGACCAGACCGCUGAGACUGACCUGUGGAGAGGCGGCCGUCGCCAGCUGCUCCUGGAACAUGCAUUCCAUCUCCGUCGUCACCUGAUCCCCAUCAGCAUCCUCAUUCACCUUCAUCGUCAUGACGUAAGUUCGAAACUCCGUUCCCCGUUCGACACGGAACCACAUCCGGUUGUUGACCACCGGGCCCAUCUCCUUCACAACGUUCCACGUCUGGAGUUCCGUCGGCAGCGGUAUGCGGUGCAGUGUGUUCCCGCGCGCGUCAUACAGACGCAGACUGGUUUGAUGUCGAUCGGCGGAGAACAGGCAGGCCACUUCGAUGAAGUGGCGUUCCCGCGGCGCGGCUGUGCAGCGGACGGCGUCUGGCGGGAAGAGGCGCGUCUGUAGGUCCAGAAGGACGUCGUGCAGCGGCCCGGUGGCGGUGAGAAGGGCCAGGGGCAGCAUGUCGGGAAUCAGAUCCCAGCGCAGCUCCGGCAGGACGACCCGGAAGUUCUCCAACGUCCAGCGCGCAGGGUAAUCCACGCGGAACCAUUUCAUCACUUUCUGACAAGGGCGACAG